AAUAGUAGACAUCACAGCUGGGCUCACCUCUUUCACUUUUCUCAUGGAGUAGUAUAAUUUUAUCUUCUCUUCCCUCCCCCCACUCCCACUCCCACUCCCCUCUGCAAAAAAGGCCCCUCAGUAGUCAGUCCCCUCCUCUCUCUCUCUCUCUCACACAGACACACACUUUACCAUCUUCUACGGCAAAGCUGCUGAAAGGAAUGUCCUCUUCUUCUUCUUUUCUUUUUCUCUGAAUCCAUCUAAACUCAUAAAUAACUUCUACUCAUUUACAUAAGCUAAUUGAAAUUCACACCGCUAAGAAUUUGUGUUUUGAUAAAGAAGGAUACAAAAUGGGUGGGGUAACGUCGUCUAUGGCGGCGAAAUUGGCUUUUUUCCCGCCGAGCCCACCGUCCUACAAGAUUAUUACCGACCAAGUUACUGGCUUGUUACUGCUAGACACUUUUCCCCACCGUGAAAACGUCGACGUUUUGAAGCUUCCCACUCGCCGGGGAACGGAGAUCGUCGCCCUUUACAUUCGCUACCCAAUGGCCACCUCCACUUUGCUUUACUCUCACGGUAACGCCGCUGAUGUUGGGCAGAUGUAUGAGCUCUUCAUCCAGCUUAGCAUCCACCUUAAAGUCAAUCUCAUGGGAUAUGACUACUCUGGCUAUGGACAGUCAUCUGGCAAGCCAAGUGAGCACAACACUUAUGCAGAUAUUGAAGCUGCUUACAAGUGUCUUGAAGAGAGCUAUGGUGCAAAGCAGGAAGACAUAAUUCUUUAUGGGCAAUCUGUUGGAAGUGGUCCCACUGUUGACCUGGCUGCUCGUUUGCCUCGAUUAAGAGCAGUUAUUUUGCAUAGUCCCAUUCUAUCAGGCUUAAGGGUCAUGUAUCCAGUCAAACGCACAUAUUGGUUUGACAUCUAUAAGAAUAUCGACAAGAUUCCAUUGGUGAAAUGUCCUGUCCUGGUCAUUCAUGGCACUUCUGAUGAAGUUGUUGACUGCUCCCACGGGAAACAACUAUGGGAGUUAUGCCAGGAAAAAUAUGAACCAUUAUGGCUCAAAGGGGGAACGCAUUGUGACUUAGAACUAUACCCCGAAUACAUCAGACACCUGAAGAAGUUUGUAUCUACUGUUGAGAAACCGCCUUCUCAGAGAAACUUAUCAAGAAAAAGUAUAGACCGACCUGAACAAUCACGAAAGAGCACCGACUGUUUUGAAGGUCCAAGAAAAAGCACUGACCGGAGAGAGAAACCAAGGAAAAGCACAGAUAAGCCUGAAAAAUUGAAAAACUAUGACUACAAGUUCAGUGAAGAUAAGAUUUCUAAGUUAAGGAUGUCUUUUGAUCAAGUAGAGAGGUCUAGGAGGAGUGUGGAAUUUUUUGAGAAGCCUCGAAGAAGCAUUGAUCAGCAAAUGGAAAAAGCGCGAAAAAGUGUGGACUGGCUAGAUAGAAUAAGAGCUGGUUGAUUUUUUCAAAUGAUAUUGUAAAUUUCAUGAUCACGUCCAAGUUAUUGUGGGGGAGUAUAAUAGUGCAACAAGUUGACAAUUAAAUUAUGGUUAUCGGGUGUAUCGGUGUGUUUUAGUUAAUGUUCAACGGAGCAUAACUUGUUUUUUCCUUUGUGCUUCUACUUUCUGUUGUUAAAAGAACAAGUGAGAAAUAUAGUUUGGCAUCUCAUUCCAGUU